AUGAUAUCAACCAGUGAUUCAAUAACUAAUCAAGAUAAUAUUAAUAAUCAUUCUAUAAAUAUACAAAAUAAACAAUCAGAUAUUGAUCAAAGUAGAAAUCGUGAUCCUAAGUAUGAAACAAUUAAUCAAUUAGCUAAAGAUACAUUAAAUAUUGAUUUACCAGAAUCACAAAAUUCAACAAAUCGUGCACUUUUUGUUUUUUCAAAAAAUAAUCUAAUACGUAAAGCAGCACGAAGCAUAAUUGAAUGGGGAUAUCCUUUUUCAUUGAUUAUUAAUAAUAAGGAAAGUGAUUUUUCAAGCGAAACUACAAUGAAUGAUUUAAAGUAUGUAUGUAAUAAUAAUAACAAUGAUAAAGAUAAUAAUAAUAGUAAUGAUAAUAAGCACAUUUUAGGUUGA